AUGGAGUCUGAGACCCACCGGAGGUCCCCAGUGGCGGUAGUAACGACGCAGGCGUCUGCCCCAUCCACAGCGACCGGAGGAGGAGGAACGACCAAUGGAUCCUCGUCCACAGCUCCCAAGUGGUGGGGCAGAGGAGAAGGCGCCGGCGGUGACUCUCACACGGGAGCCGCCAGGAGCAAGACGACCAGCAGCAGCAGCAGCGCUGCAGGCGGGAAGGCCAAGCCCGCGGCGAGCACUGGCACUAGUGCGACCGCUGCGUCGCCGUCGCCGCCGUCCGCGGUGAUGUUCAGCGAGAUGGGGCAGGCGUCAAAGGACCUCUUCAGCAAGGGCUUCUCCACGGCGCAAGUGGUGGCGCUUUCUGCGGUGGCGCCUGGGAGCGUGUCGCUGACGACCAUGGUGACUAAGGUGCAGCAGCUCGUGAUGGGGCUUGUUACCGCCACGGUUCCGCUGCCGGGGGACGCGGUGUGCCAGGUGUCCGCGAGUUCUCUUGGGCAGAUCACGUCCCCACUCUUGCCUCGGCUCUUCUUCCCCUCCAACCACUACCACGCCGUGCAGACGAGCGUCAAGGUCCCGGAGAUGGCGCGUGGGCUUUCCGCGACAGUGGCAGCAGAGUUCCCUCCCCGCGCAGCUGCCUCCACCAUCUCCCUCGGCCCGCCCGUGAACACCAGCACUGCACCGAGCCUGCCGCAUGGUGUCACUCUCAUGCACCGCACGCAGUACUCUGCUGCGUCGGCCGGGACCACGUUCAGCACGCAACCCGUGCUCACGAGCAGCUUGGCGCUGGGUGGUGUUGGUGGCGGGGUGUGCGUGGGCGGCGAGGUGGCGUAUGAUACGGCUUCGCAGAACCUGAUCAAGUCGAAUGCGGCAGCCGCAUACCUCGACAUGCAAGUCCGGGAUGUGGUGCACCUGCAGUACGCUCAGGACGUGGAUGAGAAGCUGGCAGUGGGGCUGUACCUGCAGCGCGCACUCAAAGACUCCAGCAAAGACAACGUGGCGUAUGCACUCAAGUACCAGGUGGACGACAAGACCCAGCUCAAGGGGAAAUUCAACAGCAACGGGCUAUUCCACGGCUGGCUGCAGCACACCCUGGGAGGUGGGGCGACUAUGAGUGUAACAGCAGAGGUGGACACCAGCAAGGCAUUCAACAACGGUGCAGCUGGGCAGCAGCAGCAGCCGCAGGGAGGGGAGCAGAGGGACAAGGGCAUUGGGGCGACUAGGUUUGGGUUUAGCCUUUCCAUCGCCCAGUAG